GCUUAGUGUUCCCUCUCUGUCCCUGCCCUCCAAUCCUCUAACUAACGUUGGAAAACACUCCUCAGGAUAGCAUACCGUCUGACAGACAAACCAACUUCCCUCAUUAGGUCUGUGGUUAAUCAGCUGCAGCCAUGUGUGACCAGACGUUUUUGGCCAUCACCUUCGGGCCGUGUGACAGCUGCUCGGAGAACCGCCCCUUGAUGAAUCUAUACAUCAAGACUGAACCCAUCAACUACUGCUCACUAUGCAUGGAGAUUAUGGCGUGCCAGGGCCUUGCGAGCGGCGAGACUCUGAAGUCGCUGAAGGCGGAGAGCGAGACGCUGAGGAAGAAGCUCGAGGAGGAGCGGAAGAAGCUGCACGAUGUGGAGUUGGAGAAGGUAGCUGAGAAGGCGGAAGCUCUUGGUGAGUUAAACAUGAAGACUCGGAGGACACUGAAGGGCCAUGGCAACAAGGUGCUCUGUAUGGACUGGUGCAAAGACAAACGACGCAUUGUCAGCUCCUCACAGGAUGGGAAGGUCAUCGUAUGGGAUGCUUUCACCACCAAUAAGGAACAUGCAGUGACCAUGCCGACUACGUGGGUGAUGGCGUGUGCUUACGCCCCCUCUGGCUGUGCCAUCGCCUGUGGGGGAUUGGAUAAUAAGUGCUCAGUGUACCCUCUCUCAUUGGACAAGGACGAGAACUUGGCGGCCAAGAAGAAGUCGGUUGCCAUGCAUACCAACUACCUGUCCGGCUGCACCUUCACCAACUCUGACAUGCAAAUCUUGACAUCCAGUGGGGACGGUACCAGUGCGCUGUGGGACGUGGAGAGUGGUCAGCUGCUGCAGAGUUUCCACGGUCACUCUGCUGAUGUCCUCACUCUGGACCUCGCCCCCUCUGAGACUGGAAACACCUUCGUCUCCGGGGGUUCUGAUAAGAAGGCUAACGUUUGGGACUUGCGCUCAGGGCAGAACGUCCAGUCGUUUGAUACCCACGACUCUGACAUCAACUGUGUCAAGUACUACCCCAGUGGCGAUGCUUUUGCCUCUGCUUCUGACGACUCUACCUGCCGUCUGUUUGAUCUCAGGGCUGAUCGGGAGGUGUCCAUCUACUCCAAAGACAGCAUAAUGUUUGGAGCCGCCAGUGUGGACUUCUCUCUUAGUGGUCGUCUGUUGUUUGCUGGCUAUAAUGACUACACCAUCAAUGUGUGGGACGUCCUGAAGGGGACCAGAGUAGCCAUCCUGUUUGGUCAUGAGAACAGAGUCAGCUCACUCAGAGUCUCUCCUGAUGGAACUGCUUUCUGCUCCGGGUCCUGGGACAACACUCUACGGGUGAGACAAGAGGGUAGGGGGGUCGGAAGGGAGCUGAAACAAGGAGGGACAACACUCUACGGAUCUGGGCCUAGAGCUGCUGUGAUGUCAUCAGAGCGAGACUGAACCCCUGGAAGUCAGGGGUCAGAGGUUAAGGGUCAGGACCAGAGUCAUGUGACCAGUCGACCCAGAGUGCCCAUGGAGCACACCCUGCCGCAGAAAGAAUCUGCCUAUAGAAACUAUAUUCAGUUACACACGCACAAUAAUAAACUAUCUAGGUUUGACUCACAGAGACUAUUUAUUUGACUGAAGUUGGACUAUACCAAAUGCUCAUCAGGUCAAUGAGGUCCUAAAGCUUUAUUAUUAGCAGUAUUACAAUUAUUAUUACUAUUUUAUUACUAAAGCCAUUUGAGCAGUUUUCCUCUACAGCAGGUCCUAGCCAAUGCCAUGCAGUACUGACUUUCCUGUAUAGAAGCUAACUCACUGCCGUUUUUAUGCUCCCUAGUCCCCUUUUAAACCUGCUUCACAGUCUGUAGUUUACCAGUCAAUUAGUCUGCCCAGGUUGUAACUUGCUCAGAUCUAAAGUGCAAUACUACUGAUAUAAAACCAGACCAUAGACUGUGGCUAGCCAGAGAGGGAGAAAGAGGGAGUGUUUUGACGUAUUGUUCAUUUGUAAUCAUAGUCUUCUUGUGAAAUAAAUACAUUUUAUUUAAAUGAUU